UAGCGUCAGCAUCGCAAUUCUGAAAAAACGGCGGCAGAAACGCCGUUGCAAGUUUGUAUGGCAGGCAAAGACGAAUUAAAUAACAGCUAAUUGGUAAUAGAGGACAGACAAAAUGUAUGUGAAGAAGUUAGUGCUUGAUGGCUUCAAGUCCUAUGGCCGGCGCACUGAAAUCGAAGGAUUCGAUCCAGAAUUUACGGCCAUAACAGGUCUAAACGGUUCAGGCAAAUCAAAUAUUUUGGACUCGAUUUGUUUUGUGCUUGGCAUCAGCAAUUUGCAAAAUGUGCGUGCAUCUGCGCUGCAAGAUUUGGUCUAUAAGAAUGGCCAAGCGGGCAUCACGAAGGCAACGGUCACAAUCGUAUUCGAUAAUACUAAUGCGCAGCAAUGUCCGCCCGGAUAUGAGAAGUGCCGCGAGAUCUCGGUGACGCGUCAAGUGGUUGUCGGCGGCAAGAAUAAGUUUCUGAUCAAUGGCAAGCUGGUACAGAACAAGAAGGUGCAAGACUUCUUCUGCUCCAUGCAGCUCAAUGUCAACAAUCCGAAUUUUUUGAUUAUGCAGGGCAAGAUUCAACAAGUGCUGAACAUGAAGCCCAAGGAGGUGCUGUCCAUGGUCGAGGAAGCGGCCGGCACCAGCCUGUACAAGACGAAGCGUGAUGCGACGAAGACCCUUAUCGAAAAGAAGGAGGGCAAGUUGCGGGAAACGUCGGCUCUGCUGGAGGAGGAAGUUCUGCCAAAGCUAGACAAGCUGCGCAAGGAACGCGCCGCCUAUCAGGAGUAUCAGAAAACGUGUCGCGACAUCGAGUUCCUCACGCAUAUUCACAUUUCGGCCAGAUAUCUGAAGCUAUGCGAUGCCUUGCAGUCCGUGGAGGCUACCGAACAAAAGAUCGAGAAUCGCAUUGCCACUUGCAAAGAAACUCACGCUAAGAAUUUAGAGGAAGUGGAGCGCAUUGAAGUGAAGGUGCAGGAAAUUCAACUUAAGAUAGACGCCGAAAUGGGCGGAACUCUGAAAUCCCUUGAGGCCGAACUUACAGCUAAGCGAGCGGCCGAGGCAACAGCGUCGGGCAGUCUAAAGGCUGCCAAAGGCACAAUUGAGCAGGAUCAGAAGAAAAUCCUGAUGGCCAGUAAAAAUAUUGCGGAAGACGAGCGCACACUGCGCAAGAAACAGGAGGCCAUGUCACAGGUUCAGGGCGAAUUCCAGAGUCUCAAAGAUGCCGAUGCGGCGGACGCAAAGGCCUACGAGGAUGCGCAGCGCAAAUUCGAAGCCGUAUCCCAGGGUCUGUCUACCAAUGAAGAUGGAGAAGCUUGUACUCUGCAGGAACAGCUAAUUGCUGCCAAGCAACAGUUGAGCGAGGCCCAGACUACGAUAAAAACUUCCGAAAUGGAGCUACGCCACACGCGUAAUCUGCUCAAUCAGAAGCAAGGCGAGACGCAGACCAACGACGCAGCCUAUACGAAGGACAAGCAACUGCUCGAUCAGCUCGAGGUAGAGAUUAAGAGCUUGGAGCGCCAACUCGAGAGUCUCAACUACGAAAGCGGGCAGUUUGAAGAAUUGAAGGAGCGUAGACAACUCCUGCAUAGUCAAGUGCGCGAUCUGAAACGCGAUUUGGAUCGACGCAGCGGCUCACGCUACGAGCUCCAAUACACCGAUCCAGAGCCAAACUUUGAUCGGCACAAGGUGCGCGGCAUGGUGGGCAAACUGUUUCGGGUCUCUGAUAUGCAAAACUCUAUGGCUCUUAUGAUGGCAGCUGGUGGACACUUGUACAGCUUUGUAACAGACGACGAUGUGACGAGCAAGAAGAUCUUGCAAAAAGGCAAUCUGCAACGUCGCGUAACACUGAUACCCAUCAACAAGAUCAAAUCAUAUCCUCUGAAUCCAAAAGUUAUUGAAUACGCGAAAGCAACUUACGGAAGCGAUAAUGUGGAGUCGGCCAUGUCCUUAAUUGAAUACGACAAAUACUUUGAUCCGGUCAUGAAGUUUGCAUUUGGCGGCACGCUCAUUUGCAGAGAUUUGGAUGUUGCCAAAGGACUAAGCUCAGAUAAGAACAUUGGAGCUCGUUGUGUCACACUAGAAGGUGAUGUGGUGGACUCGAAUGGCACCUUGUCUGGUGGCUCAGCACCCAAGGGUGCAAAUAUACUGGAGGAACUGAAUUCCAUAAGAAAUUUGGAGAAGGAAGUUAAGCAAAAGAUGAACGAGUUAACCCAGGUGGAGCAGCAAAUGAGUGCUAUUGAGCACGUUGCUCACAAGUAUAACAAGAUAAAAGAGGCACUGGAGCUGCGCCAGCACGAGUAUUCCAUGUGCAAGAAUCGCUUGGCGCAUACAGCUUUCCAGCAAAAUCAGGAGGAAAUCGAGGAAAUGAAGGAAAGGGUGAAAAGCUUGGAGCAGCUGAUGGCUGAGGCACGGGAAAAGCAAAAGAGCUCUCAGGCCAAAGUCAAGGAUGUUGAGGCGAAACUAUCCGAUGCAAAAGGCUAUCGAGAACGCGAGCUCAAGGCGGUCAGCAACGAAAUGAAGGUGACCAAGGCUCGGGCCGAGAAGUCACGUGCGAAUUGGAAAAAGCGCGAGCAGGAAUUCGAAACGUUGCAGCUGGAAAUUACCGAACUGCAGAAGAGCAUUGACCAAGCCAAGCAGCAGCACCAAGAGAUGGUGGACAAUCUGGAUAAGUACAAGGCGGAGCUGGCCGCACUGCAGCAGAACAGUUCGUCGGCAGCUACAGAGGUGGCCGAGCUAGAGAGGGCGAUUAAAAAGCAGAAGGAUUGUCUGCAUGCGCAGAAUAAGGAAAUGCGUACGCUUCUCGACAAAAAGGAUAAAAUGCUGAAGCACAAUCAGGAGCUGCAGCUGGAGAUGAAGAAGAAGGAAAACGAAAAGAGUAAGAUUAGUGGCGAGGCAAAGGACGCAAAGAAACGAAUGGAUGCGCUUGAGAUUAAAUACCCCUGGAUACCUGAGGAGAAGAAUUGCUUUGGCAUGAAGAACACGCGCUAUGAUUACAGCAAAGAGGAUCCCGUCGAGGCCGGCAACAAGCUGGUGAAGAUGCAAGAGAAAAAGGAGAAGAUGGAGCGUACGCUCAAUAUGAACGCAAUGCAGACACUGGAACGCGAGGAGGAGAACUACAAUGAGACAGUGCGUCGUCGUCAGAUCGUUGCGCUGGACAAAGAGAAGAUUAAGAAGAUCAUUGUCAAAAUGGAUGAGGAGGAACAGGAUCAGGUGAAACACGCUUGGGAGGCGGUAACUAAGAACUUCAGCAGCAUAUUCAGUACACUCCUGCCGGGUGCCCAGGCACUACUCAAUCCUGUCAAGACGAACGGAGUCCUGAGUGGCCUCGAGAUAAAGGUCGGCUUCAAUGGCGUCUUCAAGGAGAGUCUGGGCGAGCUGUCUGGUGGCCAGAAAUCUUUGGUGGCGCUAUCGCUCGUCUUGGCCAUGUUGAAGUUCUCACCAGCUCCGCUGUAUAUUCUCGAUGAGGUGGAUGCUGCGCUGGACAUGUCGCAUACACAAAACAUUGGCAGCAUGUUGAAGCAACAUUUCAGGGAUUCGCAGUUUCUCAUCGUCUCCCUGAAGGAUGGCCUCUUCAAUCAUGCCAACGUCCUGUUUCGCACUCAAUUCGUGGAGGGCGUCUCUACGAUUACGCGAACUGUUGGCCGAUCCGUAGCUAAACGCUAAAUAUAUAUGUAUGUAUGCCUGUGU